UGGAGUGUCCAUAUACAAAUCUGAGGAAUUAUUAUUAUUGCCGUUGUUAUUGUAGCGCCACGCCUGGGGACGGGACUAUGGGACGGUAUAUAGUGGGGCGGAGGCUGGGAGACAGCCUCUUCCCUUCGUGUCUAUGUGUUAGUGAAGGUGGAGCGCUGUAACCCCUGUCCCUGUGUGUGUACCUUUCCCCGGUUCGAGUUAAUAAAUGUGUUGUUCGACCCCGUUCCCUGAGUCCCAUGCCUGCUCCAUUCCGCCCCGAAGCCCGCGGUCGUUACAGAAAUUAAACCUCUGCCGCGUGGCGCGUAGUUUCCUAUUUUGCUGUGCAUUUUAUGUUUAUAUUUUUAACACUGCUCACAGUAAAGACAUGCACCAGACGCGGCUUCGGGUAAUCAAGUAUUUACAGUCUUAAAAGUUAAAAGACCCAACGGACUCUCUCUCUCUCUCUCUCAUGUAUUCUUACUAUACAGACAGACGUAAAUAUUAAUGAAUAUAGUAGUCUUAAUAGGAAACGGGUAUACAGUGUGUAGUGGUAAAUAUUAUUAUCCUUGUAUUCCGUGUAUAUAAUUUAACCAUUACCAUUAAUCGUCAUACAAUGCAUUACUCACGCACAGCCUUCGUAUCCACAUGCCUCACUAUGACUAAGGCAAUGACAAUUGCCCUCUUGUUCUGUAGGUGCUUAACUGAUACCGAGUUUCAGGUUCCAGCCUUCCCUUUCUGGGUUUUUAAAUCUCAUUUCCUGAGUUUCUUGCUCGAUUCGCCUCACAUCGGAGAACCAAAUUAACGAAUAAUCCCGGGAAAAUCGAAUGGAUGAACUGAAAUGAUUCGUUCCGGGCGAACAGAUUGACUAAUUGUGUGAUCAUCGCCGCGCCGCUCGACUAUUUCCAGUCUGCCCUGGCUUUUCUCUCUUGUGACUCCAUUUAAAUACCAGAUGGGCAAGCCAGCAUCGUCAGGAGAAGUUCGCAACAGAAGCAUAUGUACUAAAACCCUGUUGCAUUUCGAUUUCCCUUCAUCUAACUUUACGGUGUUUUUGUUUUUACUUUUCGUCUUUGCCAAGUUCAAACAGGAACAGCCUCAAUCCACACCUGUUUGUAGUUUGGUUUCCUUCGUCGGAAAUAACAGUACAGGAAUGUUUUUUUUUUUUCGGUUUGAUUUUCAGGAUGAAUGGAUCUGGGCUAGAAUGGAUUAUUUUCACAGAAGAACCGAGGCACCACAGCUUGAUGUGAACGAUAGAACUUAAUUUUGUUAAUGUACUAUCAAUGCUUUGUAGCUUUAAAACAAAGUUACACAAGUUUUGAGCGGUCUAGUUUUCCGUUUACAUCGAACAUCGUACUUAGUUAAAAAAGGCAGAAAGUUGAACUACAGUAUUCAUUUUUGAAGUGGAAUUUACUGCAUUCCAAUAUUAAAAAAAGUCGUGAACAGCUUCGUUGGACGGACUGCAGACCGUGGCGAGAGAGAUACCGAAUCUGUUUCACAUCUACUGUAACUUCCACAUCCGAGAUGCGCUCUGUCGCGGUCCUCGUCCUGCUGAUCGGGAUCACAGGGGCCUUUGAGGUUCUGGCACCGCAGGGGCGCGUGCUGGCGGUGUACGGCCGGCCGGCGGUGCUGGGCUGCCGCUACUCUGUGGACCCGGAGUCCCCGCUGGACCGGCUGGUCCUGACCUGGCAGCGGGAGGACAACGCGGACGUGCUGCACAGCUUCUACUACGGGGAGGACCAGCUGGAGAGGCAGAGCCCGCGCUACCGGAACCGGACCAGCCUCUUCGCGUCCGAGCUGCUGAGUGGAAACGCCUCGCUGCGCCUGGACCCCGUCAGGCCGCAGGACGUGGGGACCUACCUGUGUUUCGUGAGCAACCUCGGGGGAACGGGCAAGGCAGCUGUCCACCUGAGCUUUGCAGGCUACUACACAGAACCUCGCCUCAGCAUUGAGCUCCGCUCCACCUCUGCCACUUUCCUGUACGAGAGUGAGGGGUUCCCGGAGCCACUGGUGAACUGGCAGAACUGGGAGGGCAGAAACAUUUCUCACUUCACAGAGGUCGUCCAGCAGCCCAGCGAGGACGGACUGUUCUCUCUGAGAAGUCAGAUUGAGGUGGACUCUGCUGCAGGGGCGAAUUACACCUUCAUCCUGGAGAAUCAAAUUCUCAGUCAGGUCAUCACAAGGAAUGUGUGCUUAAGAACAGAUGUGGAUAGAAACGGCACGCCCUGCAGGAGGGAAAGAUGGACAGUUCUCGCCCCCCUUUCAGUGGCUCUACUUUUAUAUUUUGGAUGCUUUUUCGUUUUCCACUGGAUGAGAAAAAAAUAAUAACUUCUCUUUCGUUAAAUCCCAAAAAAGCAAACUGCACAUUGGUUUUUUUCUGAGAGUUGCUGAAAAACACCACGGAUAUCUGGUUCCCUUUUCUAUUUAUGGCCUUUUUAAAAUGCCAGAAGUUUACAUCCCGUCAGCCAGUGAUCCCUGCCAUGGACUCGCCCUGCUGAGGAUUGACUCCUUGUUCCAUGGGAUUCCUGACUUUCUGAUAUCAAUCUCAAUAUUUAUUCUGUGAUACACCCAAGACCUAGGUGGGGUUUGCACUGGGAUUUCAGACACAUUUCUGUUUUAUCUGGAAAACCUACGCGACUAAACAGCCCACAGCUAAUUUUGGGACUCACUGCUCAUUUCCGAAUGAAACGGCACUAAUGGUGAUCCCUUUCAACAGUGCUGCUACAUGAGCAGCCUGAGAGAAGCGUUUGCAGAUUCCAGAAAGAUUCUGUCAACUGAAUGUGGAGGAGACCGGGAUACCCCUCACGCCACAAAGAUUUCUCUAUGUCUAUGUACUGUACCUCUUUACAUGAAGGGUUUAAUGAAGAUUCCCUAAUCCUAGCAUUGCUUUUUCUAAAACAAAUUAACAUGCAAACUGCAUCAGGUCACAACUCGCACAGUUUAACUAACAGAGGCCGUGCACUCAUAAAUCCUUCUUGGUUACUGUUACUACUGUGUUUUAUGUACAUUACAGUAGGUCAUCGAUUUUUCAAGGAUCGGUAAAUAUCGGUAAAUGUGAUCAUCACAUUUUUCGACAGAUGUUGGGUUUUUUUUUUUCGUGACAUAACAAUGUUCCCUGACAAGUACAGUACACAAUGUUUACAUACUGUACAGUGCCGUAUUCCACAUUAAGCCAGCCCCGUCCACAGAGCUCCUGACCCACACAUUGGAAACGCAAUCUCCUGCCUGUCCGCGGCACAGCUGAGACCUCUCCACGGCCCACAGCUCGGGAUGAACGGGCACUCACCCAGGCUCAGGGGGGCUUAACGCAUGGGGAUUCGAUGGGGUCAAGAGGAAUGCUUGGGAGGAAAACAUUGGGAGGGUUCAUCUUCCUCCUUCUGACACAAGGCAUCGAGUCAUUGUCAGACACACAAAGCCUGGUUUUAAAACAUGGAAGGCACCUGUUUUAAUUGAGUAAUCUAGAGAGAUUUUCUUCUGCAGCUUAAGGCAUUACAGCACCGAGUUUUAGAACCAAAAUAUCUGUUUUUUUGGAUUUGUUCCUGCUGAACCAUGUUUUCUAGUCCGCGUGAUUACUAUUUUUUAACCCAUCGUUUUUAAGGGCAGAAAGCAUGCAUUACACUUGUUUAAAUUAUUUUCUAAGUACUUACACUUUAAUGUAUUUUUUCUAAUAAAAAAACAAAACCC